AAAGCAUGUUACUUUCUGGAGAAUAAUAAUUGUACUCCUAAUAUUAAAGUAGAAAUCGUAGUUAUUAUUGUGAGUAUAAUGAAUAUUCUAACCAGAUAAAAAGAAAAUAUCAAUCUUGCCCACAUCAAUUUAGGAGAGUCAAUAAAGAUCACCAAAGUUAUAAAGAUAUCUAAAGUUAUGGUAUUAUAAAUGAAGAACCAGAAUUUAAAUAAAUGUUCGUAGUGGUUAAACUUAACUUGAAUUUUUUAUGCAUAAAUAAUAGUGUCAUUGCAAUGAGCAAAGAAUUCAAAGGAUCUUUAUUUUUUUAUUGA